AUGGCCCGCCAGCCUGUCUACGAGACGGCGUUAGACCCGCGUGUCAAGCAGCGAGAACCCGACCAAGGCCCGGACCAACCGGCCCAGAGUCCCGCAAUCACCCUCCCCGAGCCGCAGCAGCAGCCGCGUGCAGGUCCACUCCACCCGGUGCCGCCAUCGCCCUCACCCAUGGGAGUGUCAGCCGCACCAGGCCACAGGGGAAGCCCUACAAGACAGCCCCCACCGCAGGCCGCCCGCCAUCCGAAGCCACCACCGCAACAGGGGAGCAGCCACCGCGCCCCGGUAUCCUCCGGUACCCAGCAGCAACCAGCCCCAACAGCCCGUGGUUCCAGCAGCAGUGGCGGUGACAAUCCCUCAGCUCCGACUCCCGCCAUCAGAGACAACGACCCGGCGUUCAGUCAAGCGUCAGCAGCCAUUGACCACAACCAUCCACCACCGUGGUCGCCCACCUCCGAGAACGCCCCCGCCGCACCCGCGGACAGCCUCCCAAACUUCCCCUGUGACAGUCCUCGAUAA